ACUUCCGGUUUUCCGUUGCUAUAGGAACUGUUCCAGCCUUUGAAAGUGUCCGGGUUGUCUGGGAUCAGCCGGGAUAGUACCUCUGGAUACGUGCGUGGUUUGGUGACUCAAAGAGAAGAAGUGAAAGCAAAAUUCUUUGACAGGAGACCAUGUCGACCGUGGUGGCUCAGUCGCUGCAUGUUUUUGGUCUUCGAUCCCACGUGGCAAACAAUGUCUUCUUCUUCGAUGAACAGAUCAUUAUAUUUCCUGCAGGAAAUCACUGUGUGAAAUACAAUGUGGAUCAGAAAUGGCAAAAAUUCAUUCCAGGCUCAGACAAGAGUCAGGGCAUGUUGGCCUUGUCCAUCAGUCCCAAUCGGCGAUACCUUGCUAUCUCCGAGACUGUGCAAGAAAAACCCGUCAUCACCAUUUAUGAAUUGUCAUCCAUCCCUUGCCGGAAGCGCAAAAUCCUCAAUAAUUUUGACUUCUCAGUUCAGAAAUUUAUUAGCAUGGCUUUUUCUCCAGACUCCAAAUAUCUAUUGGCUCAGACAUCACCUCCAGAGUCAAAUCUGGUCUAUUGGCUAUGGGAGAAACAGAAAGUAAUGGCCAUUGUUAGAACCGACACUCAGAGCAACCCUGUCUACCAGGUGAGCUUCAAUCCCCAGGAUAACACUCAGGUUUGUGUCACUGGAAGAGGGAUGUUUAAACUUCUCCGUUUUACUGAGGGAACCCUGAAGCAAACCAAUUUCCAGAGAGGAGAACUCCAAAAUUAUCUAGCUCACACAUGGGUGACUGAUGACAAGAUUAUCGUUGGCACUGACACAGGCAGGCUCUUCCUCUUUGAAUCUGGAGAUCAACGCUGGGAAACAAGUAUAAUGGUCAAGCCCACCAACGACUCAAAGAGCCUGGAGAUCAUCCAGGAAUCAGAGAGCCUAAUUGAAUUCCCAACAGCCACUUCCCCAGAUCCUUCCUAUAAACAGCUUGUGAUGACCAGUAGCCAGAGCCAAGUGGCCAUGCCCCAGGUGUUUGCCAUUGCCGCCUAUUCAAAGGGAUUUGCCUGUUCUGCUGGGCCAGGGAGAGUACUGCUGUUUGAGAAGAUUGAAGACAAGGAUUUUUACCGUGAGAGCAGGGAAAUCUGGAUUCCUGUGGACCCACAGAGCAAUGAUCCGAGUCAGUCUGACAAACAAGACAUUCUCUGCAUGUGCUUCAGCCCUUCAGAGGAAACCUUGAUUGCCAGCACCAGUAAGAACCAACUAUACAGCAUUACCAUGUCUCUCACAGAGAUCAGCAAAGGGGAGCCUGCUCACUUUGAGUAUCUGAUGUACCCAUUACAUUCAGCACCCAUCACUGGUCUAGCCACCUGCAUCCGCAAACCCCUCAUUGCCACCUGUUCUCUGGAUCGAUCUGUUCGCAUCUGGAAUUAUGAAUCAAACACUCUGGAACUAUUUAAGGAAUACCAGGAAGAGGCAUAUACAGUCAGCCUUCACCCAUCUGGACACUUCAUUGUAGUAGGGUUUGCAGACAAACUACGCCUCAUGAAUCUACUCAUUGAUGAUAUACGUUCUUUCAAAGAAUACUCCGUCAGAGGAUGCAGAGAGUGUUCUUUUAGCAAUGGAGGUCACCUGUUUGCUGCAAUCAAUGGAAACGUGAUUCACAUUUAUACCACCACGAAUCUAGAGAACAUCUCAAACCUGAAAGGACACACGGGAAAGAUUCGUUCAAUUGUGUGGAAUGCAGAUGACAGCAAACUGAUUUCUUGUGGCACAGAUGGUGCUGUAUAUGAAUGGAAUCUGUCCACAGGAAAGAGAGAGACAGAAUGUGUGCUCAAGUCCUGCAGCUACAAUUGUGUUACCAUCUCCCCUGAUGCCAAAAUUAUCUUUGCUGUUGGAUCAGACAAAACUAUCAAGGAGAUUGCAGAUUCUUCAGUCCUUCGAGAGAUGUCAGCAUUCGAAGUUGUCUACACAGCCAUUGUCAUGUCGCACUCUGGGCGCAUGAUGUUUGUGGGCACCUCAGUGGGAACCAUUCGUGCAAUGAAGUACCCUCUGCCUUUGCAGAAAGAAUUCAAUGAGUACCAGGCCCAUGCUGGUCCCAUCACCAAGAUGUUGCUAACCUUUGAUGACCAAUUCCUGCUGACUGCUGCUGCUGAUGGUUGCCUGUUCACCUGGAGGGUCUUUGAUAAGGACGGCCGUGGAAUCAAGCGAGAGAGGGAAGUGGGCUUUGCCGAAGAGGUGCUUGUGACUAAAACAGACAUGGAAGAGAAGGCUCAAGUUAUGUUAGAGCUCAAGACUCGUGUGGAAGAAUUAAAAAUGGAGAAUGAGUAUCAACUUCGACUAAAGGAUAUGAACUAUUCUGAGAAGAUUAAGGAGCUAACGGACAAGUUCAUCCAGGAAAUGGAGUCCUUGAAGACAAAAAACCAGGUCUUAAGAACAGAAAAAGAGAAGCAGGAUAUAUUUCACCGUGAGCGCAUAGAAGACCUUCUAGACAAACAAAGCCGGGAACUGCAAGACCUAGAAUGCUGCAACAACCAAAAGUUGCUUCUAGAAUAUGAAAAGUAUCAGGAGUUACAGCUCAAGUCCCAGAGGAUGCAGGAAGAGUAUGAAAAACAGCUUCGGGAUAAUGAUGAGACCAAAAGCCAGGCCCUGGAGGAGCUGACUGAGUUUUAUGAGGCCAAACUGCAGGAGAAAACCACCCUUCUGAAAGAGGCCCAGGAAGACGUCAGGCAGCAGCUGCGGGAGUUUGAAGAGACCAAGAAGCAGAUUGAAGAAGAUGAAGACCGAGAAAUCCAAGACAUCAAAACCAAGUAUGAGAAAAAGCUUCGGGAUGAGAAGGAAUCAAACCUGCGUCUCAAAGGAGAAACAGGCAUCAUGAGGAAGAAGUUCAGCAGCCUGCAGAAGGAGAUUGAAGAGCGAACCAAUGACAUUGAGGUCCUGAAGGGAGAGCAGGUGAAGCUGCAAGGAGUCAUCAGGUCUCUGGAGAAAGAUACCCAAGGCCUCAAGCGAGAGAUCCAGGAAAGAGAUGAGACUAUUCAAGAUAAGGAGAAGCGAAUUUAUGAUCUGAAAAAGAAAAACCAAGAACUGGAGAAAUUCAAGUUUGUGCUUGACUACAAAAUAAAGGAGCUGAAGAAGCAAAUAGAACCUAGAGAGAAUGAGAUCAAGGUGAUGAAGGAACAGAUUCAGGAGAUGGAAGCUGAACUGGAGCGUUUCCAUAAGCAGAACACUCAACUGGAGCUGAACAUCACGGAAUUGUGGCAAAAAUUAAAAGCCACUGAUCAGGAGAUGCGCAGGGAGAGACAGAAGGAGCGGGACUUGGAGGCGCUGGUCAAAUGGUUUAAAACAGACCUCCACAACUGCGUGGCAUAUAUCCAGGAGCCACGGCUGCUGAAGGAGAGGGUCCGAGGUCUCUUUGAGAAGUACGUGCAGCGGGCGGACAUGGUGGAGAUCACAGGACUGAACACGGACCUGCAGCAGGAGUAUGCCCGUCAGCGGGAGCAUCUGGAGAGGAACCUGGCCACUCUCAAGAAGAAGGUGGUCAAGGAAGGCGAGCUGCACCGCACUGACUAUGUUCGCAUCAUGCAGGAAAAUGUCUCUCUGAUCAAGGAAAUUAAUGAGCUCCGCAGGGAGCUGAAAUUCACCCGCUCCCAAGUCUAUGACCUUGAAGCAGCUCUGAAGCUGACCAAAAAAAUACGACCACAAGAUGUUCCAGAGACAGUGCCCGGCAGGGACAUGCUCAGCAUCGCUCCCCCCACAAGACUGAACGAGCAGGAAGAAACUGGAAGAAUCAUUGAAAUGCAACGCCUCGAAAUCCAGCGCCUCAGAGACCAGAUCCAAGAGCAAGAGCAGGUCCCAGGGUUUCACACCCUUGCUGGAGUUCGGCUUCCUUCCCUCAUCGACUCAGAGUUGGACCUGGAGGUGCAGAGCCCGUGACCCCCUCUGGUGAGCCAUCUCCAGCCACAGCCAGAAGUACCACAUGUCUGUCUCCAGGCCACACUCACAGCCGGAGUCCCUUCAGUCCCUGCAGCACUGACCCCACCAACCUCUUUAUCUUGCCCUGGGGAAGUUGGGUCAUAAUCAGAAUAAAGGUGUUUGCCCACA